AUGAGUCCCUCGUCCAAUGCUUCUCCACGAUCUCGAUCGCCAACUAAAUCUCUUUCCUCUUCCAAUGUCUUCGAACUAAUGGUGUCCGAUGACUCCUCACCCCCCGUUCCAACUCAACUGAAACGAAUGGUAUCUUCCCAGUCUCUCAUGGAUGAUGCGGACCAUAACACACUUCCUGAUCCAAGGGCAAGGGCCAUGUCGCCUGCAGAUGGUGCUGCAAGCCCUGUGCACCAUCCUGAUCUAGAUCAAGAAGUUGCUACUCUAAGUACCAAACUUAUCAAUGCGAUAAACCAUCAAACAACUCUCGAUGAUACGCUUUCGGCCACGCGCCAGGAACUCGAUACUUCAAGGGAGCGAAUACACGAGUUGGAGGCUCUUGUGACGAAGCAGAAAGAAAUGCUGUCCGGAGAUGCUUGGAUUCCGCGGAGAGCUGUUGAAGCUGAAAGGAGCAACCUACUAGCGCAAGUCGCCGAAGAGAAGAAGCAACGCAUGGAUAUGGAGAAAGAAAAGAAAAAGAUUGAACAAGAACUGGAGACCUUGACCGUAUCACUUUUCGAAGAGGCUAACAAGAUGGUGAUAACAGCGAAAGAGGACGCAAAGAAAGAACAAGACGUUCUCCUUCGGAAAAAUGAACAGCUCAAGGCGCAAUUAACCGAUACGGAGAUUCUCCUCAAGUCGCAACAGGAACAACUUGCGCAGCUCAAGCUCGUCAUGGAGCAGAUGGCAGCUGACCAGGAUGAUCACAGCGGAACCACACCAUCGUCACCAGGAUUUAGCAAGUUUGAUCCGAGGGAUGACGAGACCCAGGUAUCCGAAGGGGUCUCACAAUCUAGCGUUUCAGAAUCCUUUGUGCCAACAUAUCCGACCAACUUACAGCAUCUCAUUCACCCAGUUCUACGCACUGACUUAACUGCUUACGAGGACUUCCUCGCUCUUAUCAAGAUCUCGAAGAGAAACUCUGCUCGCGUCUCUUCGGGCUCGUUCACUGGUCUCCCUAUACUUAGUUUUAGCGGAAACAGUACCAUGUCAGCUUCGCCCAAUGUGUCCUCAGCAUCAUUGUCUACUUCUGGAACGCCUAUAUCUGCAAAUGUAUCCCCUCAGACACCUAAUACACCGGCUUCGGCUGCUAGCACUGGCUCUGCGGUCUCUUCAACACCUCUGCCCCCCUUGAAAGAAACAAAGUUCUACAAACGGGCCCUGGCCGAGGAUAUCGAACCCACUCUUCGUCUAGAUAUAGCUCCAGGUUUGUCCUGGCUAGCUCGACGAUCUGUACUCAGCUCUAUGACGGAGGGGACUCUGGUCGUGGAGCCGAUACCUACUACUGGUCCUUUCAUGUCAAUCAGUAAACCGCAGUAUUAUUCAUGUUCAUUGUGUGGCGAAGCGCGAAAAGAUGAAGCACACCUGCGAUAUCACCGGUUUAGAACGAGCGAAUCGGACUCAGCUCAGCGAUACCCGCUUUGCCAGUAUUGUCUUGCCCGUGUUCGUUCUACUUGUGAUUUUCUGGGGUUCCUUCGCAUGGUCAAGGACGGCCACUGGCGCGCUGACAAUGUCGAUUCCGAGCGAGCCGCCUGGGAAGAAAGUGUGAGGCUCCGGGACCAAAUGUUCUGGAGUCGUAUUGGUGGCGGUGUGGUGCCGGCUCACAGUACCCAUCCACAUACUGUUGCGACCGCGGAGAAGACGACAAGUACCAGUCACGAAACAACACAGGCGUCCACGGAAACCGACAUAGCGAGAGAGUCUAGAACAUCCAAACUAUCUAGCUCGUCCGGCGUAACACUGACUUUGGAUGAGCCGUCGAGAGAAGAGACGACGCCAGCCCCCCGUUCCAACUCUGAAGAUAUUCCAUCCCAUGACGAUAGUCACCAGCCCGAAGCUAAUUCCACAGAGGCCAGCAAUACCCUGGGAGAUGCAGUGACACAGCCGGGAAAAGAUCGUGGCCAGCGACUAUCGCUCCAGAUCCCCCAUGCGCAGGAGGAUGAAACCCCGGCGUAG